AUGUGGGGAAUUCAUGUGCUCGGGGCAGUGGCACUGGCGCUGUCGCUGCACGUGUUGGCCGCCGCGACAGUCGAGUCCAUCGUGUUUGCUGUGAUCUUCCUUCUCUUUAUCGUGUUUGUCGUGGACGAGUGUCUUCUCCGGUUUCAUGGGCGCCAUCUCAAGCCGAUUGUGCCUCGCGUCGACGGCGUGGCCGUGGUCACUGGCGCGUCGUCGGGCCUGGGUCGUGAAAUCGCCUACCUAUUGGGCGAGAAGGGGUUCCAUCUUGUGCUUGUGGGUCGGUCGAAGGACGGGCUGGAGCGCAUCGCCGUGGAGAUCCAUGACGUGUGGAAUGUCAACGUCCACGUGUGCGUUGCGGACCUCGGCAUUACCACUGGACCGACCAUGGUUGUCGACUUUGUGGCGGCGUUGCACCUCCACAUCGACAUUCUCGUCAACUGCGCAGGCGGCACGGUCCGCUGUCCCUUUGCGACCUUACCAUCCUCCACCAUCACCGACCUGAUGCAGUUGAACGUGCUCAGCGUCAUGUCGCUCUGCCACGCCGUGCUUCCCAGCAUGCUGGAGCGCCACUCCGGCCGCAUCUUGAACAUCGCGUCCAUAUCAGGCGCGAAUGCGAUGCCGCUGGCGGCCAUGUACGCCGCGUCCAAAUCGUUUGUUCUUCGCUUCAGUCAAGGCCUGGCGUACGAAAGUCGCGGCCACGUCGGCGUGACUGCGUUUUGUCCAGGUCCGUUGCGCACUCAGUUUGCCACGACGGCCGGCUCCACCGACGCCAUCAUGUUCAAGCUCCCGCUUGUCGUGCAAGACACCAAGGAAGCGGCCAAGCGCGCCGUGGCCGCCAUGAUGGACGGCGACGUCACAUCAUUCGACUCAUGGGCCAGUAAACUGCUCUACUUGGGGGGCUCCACGUUUGCCGAGAGGCGGUUGACGCUCGCAUUUAGUGCGUUCUGUUGGAGUGAUAGGGAUGGGAUAAGCGAUGCGGUCUGGAAUUAA